AUGGAGCGCUCCCCGAGUCUGGGCUUCUUCCUCCUGGCCUCCUUAGCUGCCCAUGUGGCCUUUGGUGGCACUCUACGCAGCCAGAUCGUCGGAGGGCACGAAGCCCCCCCACACUCUCGACCUUAUGCAGCAGCUCUAAAAAGAAACGGAUAUUUUGGCUGCGGGGGCUUCCUGGUGGCCCCUCAGUGGGUGAUGUCUGCAGCCCACUGCAACGGAGACAUCCUUGUCAUUCUGGGAGCUCACGAUCUGGACGCUGUAGAAGACACCCAGCAAGUGUUUGGUGUGGAAAGUACUCAUGAACAUCCCGACUACAAGAUAUAUGGUGGAACGCCGUACAAUGACAUUCUUCUCCUGAAGCUGGAUCGCGAAGCCAAGCUCAACAAAUACGUCCAAGUCAUUCCUUUACCACAGACCGAAAACGAUCUCCCCAAAAACACAGAAUGUGUCGUCGCGGGCUGGGGACGCAUCGACGACCGGUAUGAAGCUUCGUCCAAGCUUUUUAUGACCAACGUCACCUUCCCUGGCCGCAGGAAGUGCCUGCAGUUCUUCCCAGAACUCACCGACGGGAUGGUUUGCGCAGGGAGCCGCUCCAAGCUCUGUGAUGUCAGCAACGGGGAUUCCGGAAGCGCCCUGGUGUGCAAUGGAGCCGCCCAUGGGAUUGCCUCCUUCAGCUUCCAAGUGCCACCGUCAGUUUACGUCCGUGUCGCUGAGUACCUUCCUUGGAUCAGAAAGGUCAUGGGGCAAGAGGAACCAACCCAGCGGGCAGCUAUAAAACCAGCUCGACCGAGCAGCUGCCAUCUGAAGUUGGCAGUUCACCCGGGAAAGCUGGACGCCAAGAUGAAGAACUUCCACCGGCAUCUUCUCCUGCUUCUGCUCUGCUGCGGCUUAGUCAAACCUGGUCCUUUGCGAAGCCUGAUCAUCGGUGGCCAGGAAGCCAAGCCACACUCCAGGCCUUACAUAGCUGCCUUGAAAGUGGGAGCUCGGUUUGGCUGCGGUGGGUUUCUGGUGGCGCCCCAAUGGGUCAUGACUGCAGCGCACUGCAUGGGCGAUAUGACGGUUAUCUUGGGAGCACACAGUCUUUAUGACAUGGAAAAGUCUCAGCAGGUGCUCGGGGUCGAAUCUUACCACAUGCACCCAGAAUAUGAUCCGUUCAGCGUUUCGAACGAUAUCCUUCUCCUGAAGCUGACGUCCAAAGCCAUCCUCAACAAGUACGUCCAACCAGUGCCCAUGCCGAAGUCCCCCAGUGACCUCCCCGCUGGGACGCCAUGCAGCUUGGCGGGGUGGGGCCUGAUUGACAAAGAUCAGCUCACCGAAAAACUCUUCGAGACCAACAUCACCAUCGUCAGCCGCAAGAAAUGCAUGCGGUUUUACCCAGAACUCAACGACGGGAUGAUUUGCGCUGGCAGCCACAAUCAGAUGCGGGAUACAAGUCAGGGAGAUUCUGGCGGGCCCAUGGUAUGCCAGGGCGUGGUGCAAGGAAUCGUGUCCUUCGGCAAUCAUUUCCCUCCUGGGGUGUAUACCCGAAUUGCCAACUACCUUCCCUGGAUCAAGGAAACCAUGGAAUCCAACCUGUGAGAAGAAACCUCCUCUCUG